AUGUGCAAUUGGUUUCAAUUUUGGAGCCGGAUUACAGCUGGAGAACGAUAUCGUUUCCUCAUAUCUGCCCCAAAGAUGACAGAAUUGACUGAACCCGAAGUCAAGCUUGAAGCUCUCUUAGGCAUCAUCAACUCCUCUGCACGCCAAGCAAUUGCAGAAUACAAGAAAACUGGACAUGGGGUACCCAGUGCAGAUGCAACUACCUUCCACCCCCUCGACAUGGCGACAGAUACGCUUGCCCUCAGGAAAGCCACUAGGCUGCUUGAGGGUGCAUAUCACCAACUGAGUGCGAUACUGGCUCCUCCCCAACACACAGUGAUGAAUUUCGUUUUUGAUUACAAUUGGGCAUGUACAAACGUUGCCUUGCGAGCACGCUUUGCGGAUGUUCUGGAGCAACACCCGGAAGGUCUUAGUGUGGAUAAGCUAGCUGAAGCAGCCAACCUCGACAAGAGCAAGACUGCACGCGUCUUACGGGCUUUGUCCCUCAUGGGUUGCUUUAAAGAAGUCGAACGGGAUGUCUUCACAAACACCCGACUGUCCCUCAUACUCAAGUCAACGAACAACACUGGGUGUUAUGCACAUUUCCAUUCCCGGGAUGUCUCGAAAUACGCCGGAGUCCUCUAUGAGACUAUGAUCGACCAGGAAUUUUCACGAUCACAUGAGGAAAGAGGGUACAGGAGGAGAGCUUUCUGGGACAUGAUGAAGAAGGACGAUGAAAGACGCGAUAUAUUUCACAGAGGCAUGCUUGGCUACAGUGAGAUGACGGGCACUUCUACAUUUCUGCAUCAAUACCAUUGGGACAAUGUAUGCUCUGUGGUUGACGUCGGAUCUGGCAUUGGAGCGUUUUCUAUGCCCCUGGCGAAAAUGUUCCCUCACCUCAGAAUAACCAAUCAUGAUCUUCCGGAGAUUAUAGUACAGGCACAAAAUGCUUGGGAGAAGGAUGCUCCUGAUGCACUACUCGAUGGACGCGUGGAGUUCGUGCCAAACAAUUUUCUCGAGGACAUACCUGCUGCUGGCAAGGAUGUCUACUAUUUGAGACACAUUCUCCACGACUGGCCGGACGCUGAGGCAACGAUGAUCCUCCGUAACAUUCGCAAGGCCAUGGGACCAAACAGCGUAUUGCUAAUUCGAACUACUGAAGGGUUAAGCAUCGACCCCCAGGCCCCUGAACCUAUGUUACCGAACUUCGGAGCAGGCAGUCACGGAGUGUACCAAAUAGACCUGACUAUGUGGUUCCUUCUAAAUUCCAAGGAACGAACCUUGGACGAGUUGAAGAUUAUCGCGCAAGUUCCUUAUAAUUCAUCUUUGACACGUCGGGCCACGGCUGGUCUAGCACUCACCCAGGUUUAUGAUCUCGUGGAGACAAUGGUCAUGGAGUUCAGGAUCGCUUAG